UCCUCCUCCUCCUCUUCGUCCUCCACCACCUUCUCCUCAUCCUCCUCAUCGUCCGAUCCCCGGUCAGGCUGAUCUGCUCUGCUCUCGGGUGGAAAACAGACUCAACUUAUUAUCUUGUCUGGAGUUACAUGGUGAUCCUGCAACUUGAUGGAUGACAACAACCCUCUCCAACCAAAAAGUAAUCCCAAAAUGGCAGAACUCUUUAUGGAAUGUGAAGAAGAAGAGCUAGAACCAUGGCAGAAGAAAACAGAAGAAAUUAAGCAUGAAGAUGAUGAUGACGAACUGAUCUUUGUUGGAGAAAUAUUAAGUUCAAAACCUGCCAUUUCAAAUAUUUUGAACAGAGGUAACUCCAGCUCAUCUUCAAAGGGAAUAAAGAGUGAGGCACUCAGUCCAGGUAUUCCUGAUGUAUUCAAGCCUACAAGUCAACACUACAAAGACCCAGCAUCAAGUCCAGUGGCUGCCUUGCCUAGAUUUCAUCCUGAAUCUAAAUCUUCACAUAGCUCUGUUAUUGUUCAUAACGUGUCUAAACCUGAUUUUACAAAGAAGUCAUCACCAGCUGGAUCAGAUGAUUCUUCAGUCUCACUGUUUGACUUGACCCAGGAUACAGUACCACUGUCCCCAGAUGGACCAGCAGUUUUUAUAGAAGGUAUGGAUCAAACUUCGUUUGUAUUCAAACGUCCUUCUACUUCUAAAAUGAACAGUGUUAAUUCAAAAAAGCCAAAGACCAGUGCAGAUGUUUCUGAAAGAAAGCCCUCGGCUUCACUGUCUGUAGUUAACUCUCCUUCAGGGACAUCUUCCCAGGCUAUGCUAUCAACAGGUAUAAAUACCUCAUCAACUCAGUAUAAAACUGGAGCACCUUUCCUAAGAGCUUGUCCAAAGUGCAAUCUUCAGUUCAACCUUUUGGAUCCUUUGAAAUGGCACAUGAAGCAUUGUUGUCCAGAUAUGAUAGAUAACUUUUUAGGAAUUAUUAAAGGAGAACCUUCAAGUGACGAAGACAAAAAUAAGACUGAUUCAGAUAAAGGAAAAUUGGUCAUGUUAGUUAGUGACUUUUAUUAUGGAAGACAUGAAGGAGCUGCUGAGGGAGAACAGAAGACUUAUACAACUUUUAAAUGCUUCAGUUGCUUGAAAGUUCUUAAAAAUAAUAUUAGGUUUAUGAACCAUAUGAAACACCACUUGGAACUUGAGAAGCAGAACACUGAGAGCUGGGAAAACCACACCACCUGCCAGCACUGCUACAGGCAAUAUCCCACGCCCUUCCAGCUGCAGUGCCACAUCGAGAGUACACACACACCCCAUGAGUUUUCUACUAUUUGCAAAAUCUGUGAAUUAUCAUUUGAAACAGAGCAUAUUCUUUUACAACAUAUGAAGGACACUCAUAAACCCGGUGAAAUGCCAUAUAUUUGCCAGGUUUGCCAGUUUAGAUCAUCAACAUUUUCUGAUGUAGAAGCUCAUUUUAGAGCAUCCCAUGAAAACACUAAGAACUUGCUAUGUCCAUUUUGCCUCAAAGUUAGUAGAAUGGCAACCCCCUACAUGAAUCAUUAUAUGAAGCAUCAGAAAAAAGGAAUUCAUCGUUGUACAAAAUGCAGACUACAAUUUUUGACCUGCAAGGAGAAAAUGGAUCAUAAGAUACAGCAUCGUACAUUUAUAAAGCCUAAAGAACUAGAAGGAUUGCCUCCAGGAACAAAAGUUACUAUUCGAGCUUCACUUGGACCUCACCAAUCAAAACCAUCAACUACACCUUCCAGUCGUACUCCAAGCACUUCUUCUCUUCAGGUCUUACCUCUGAAGUCUAAAAAUACAACUCCUAAAACUCCUCCAAAAUCUAAUGCAAGUAAAUCUAAGACAAGUAAGUCUCAUGCAACUGCAUCCACUGCAAAUAAACCUAGUACAAGUAAGCCAAGUGGACGUAUCUCCAAAUGCAAAAUAAAACCCUCUUCCAAGCAAAAGAGUCAACGCAACAGAAAAAGUAAAGUCAGCAUAGCUUUGAAGAACCUAAGGUGUCAUCGGGGAAUUCACAAGUGCAUUGAGUGUCAUUCCAAAAUAAAAGAUUUUGCAAGCCACUUUUCCACAUCUACCCACUGUAAUUUUUGCAAGUACAACACUAAUUGUAACAAAGCCUUUAUAAAUCAUAUGAUGAGCUCUCAUACCAGCCACCCAGCUAAACGGUUUUGUAUUUUUAAGAAGCAUUCAGGAACUCUCAGGGGCAUUACUCUAGUGUGCCUUAAAUGUGAUUUCCUAACUGAUUCUUCUGGCUUAGAUCGUAUGGCUAAACACUUAAGUCAACGUAAAACUCAUACUUGCCAAGUUAUAGUAGAGAAUGUUGUCGAAAGUACCUCAACUUCUGAAUCUACUUCUGAAUCUACUUCUGAGUAA